CAGCACAGCUCCGUUGGUCUUUUUGCUCUCCUCGUCUCUGCUUGGAAGGAACAGCCAUGUCUCGGCAGUCAAUCUGUAGAAGCUUUGGAGUCGGAAGCAAAAGGGGAUACAGCUCUUGUUCUGCCAUCGGUGGUGGCUUUGGAGGAAGUGGGGGCAGAACCAGGAUCAGCUAUAGCUCGUUCUCCACAUCCAGGGGAAUUGGAGGCAGCGGACGUUGUGGAGGUUUUAGCAGCAGGAGCCUCCAUAACAUGGGUGGCAGCGGAAGAAUUUCCAUGGGUGGCUCUUAUGGCAGUGGAUAUGGAUGUAGAAUUGGUGGCUUUGGUGGAGGCUAUGGAGGAGGAUUUGGCAGCAUUGGAGGAGGUGUCAUUGGUGGAGGAAUAGGCAGCUUUGGUGGUCCUGUGAGAGGUGGUCCUGGGUUCCCUGGAGGCAUCCAACCGGUCCAGGUUGACCCAACCCUCCUGCGGCCGGUCCAUGUUGAUAUUGAUCCUCAGAUCCAACAAGUGAAGUGCCAGGAGAAGGAACAGAUCAAGACUCUUAACAAUCAGUUUGCCUCUUUCAUUGACAAGGUCCGCUUCCUGGAGCAACAGAACAAGGUCCUCUCCACCAAGUGGGAGCUCCUCCAACAGCAAGGGCCUUCAGGGCCAAGGAAGAACCUCGAUGUCAUCUUUGAAAAUUACAUCCAGAACCUGAGGAGGAGGUUGGAGUCUCUCCUGGGACAGAGGGGACAGCUGGAGUCGGAGCUGCAGAACAUGCGGCAAUACGUGGAGGAGUACAAAACCAAGUACGAAGAAGAAAUCAACAGGCGCACCGCUGCUGAGAACGAGUUUGUGGUGCUCAAGAAGGAUGUGGACUGUGCCUACAUGACUAAAGUAGAGCUGGAAGCCAAGGUGGGAGCUCUGACUGAUGAAAUCAACUUCUUGAGGUGUAUGUACGAGGAGGAACUGGCUCAGAUGCAGACAAUCAGCCGGGACCUGUCUGUGGUGGUGUCCAUGGACAAUAAUCGGCACCUGGAUCUGGACAGUAUCAUUGAGGAGGUCAGGCGUCAGUACGAGCAGAUUGCUCAGAACAGCAGAGCUGAAGCUGAGGCUUGGUACCAGAGCCGGUAUGAAGAGCUGCAGAACACUGCUGGAAGACAUGGGGACAGCCUGCGCAACACCAAGAUAGAGAUCCAAGAGUUGACCAGGAACGUCCAGAGGCUGCGGGCUGAGAUUGAGAACGUGAAGAAGCAGAACCAUCAGCUGCAGUCAGCCAUUGCUGAGGCCGAGGAGCGGGGUGAGAUGGCCCUCAAGGAUGCUCGGAGGAAACUGGAAGAGCUGGAAUGUGCCCUGAGCAAAGACAAGGAGGAGCUGGCUCGCUUGCUGAAGGAGUACCAGGAGCUGCUGAACAUCAAGAUUGCGCUGGACGUUGAGAUUGCCAUGUACAGGAAACUGCUGGAGGGAGAGGAGAACAGGCUCUGUGCAGAUAACUUGUCCAACGUAAAUGUCUCUGUGGUAGGCAGAACCACCAUUGCUGGAGGCAGAGCUGGUGGCUUUGGAGCCAGCAGUGGCAUGGGAGGGGGAGUAUGUGCGGUCGGAGGAGGAAGCAUCAUUGGAGGCAGCUGUGGAAUGGGAGGAGGAAUACUCAGCGGUGGCUUCUCUUCUGGAAGUGGAAGAAUGUGCAGCUCUGGAGGUGGCAACUUCAUCUCAGGGGGUGGAUCCUCCUCUGUGCGGAGAUGUGUCACAACCACAACGGUUAAAUCUUCGGGUGUAAAAUACUGA